AUGGCAGAUAGAUCACUCAAAAUACCCAAUGGGGUUGUGGAGAACUUAUUGGUAAAGAUUGGAGAAUUCAUCUUUUCUGCCGAUUUUGUCAUUUUGAACAUGGAAGAAGAAGGACACAACUCAAUCAUCUUGGGUAGACCUUUCUUAGCAACCGCAAGAGCUAUCAUUGAUGUGAAAAAAGGGGAGAUGACCCUCAGAGUGCACAAUGAGCAAAUGAUCAUCAAUGUCUUUAAGGCCAUGCAAUAUCCCCCUGAGAAGGAAAAGCACAUGAGGGUGGAAAUGAUAGAAGAAGUGGAAGGGGAGUUACUUGAAGCCAAUAACCAGGAGGGACAAGAAGAGGAAAUAGAAGUAGAACAAGCUAUCAUAGAAGGAAGAGUAGCUGAAGUCUCCUUUGAAGGCAAGACAUUGGAAAUGCCAAAGCAAGAACUAAAGCCUCUCCAUCUACAUCUCAAGUAUGCAUUUCUUGGAGAAGAAGAGACCCUCCCACAAGCUCCUUGGUUUGCUGACAUUGCAAACUACAAGGUGGGAAGGAAGAUUCCUCAAGAGUUCACCAAGCAACAAGUGAAGAAGCUGUGCAAUGAAGCCAAGAAAUUCUUGUGGGAUGAGCCAUUCUUGUUCAAGAGGUGUCCAGAUGGGAUGAUUAGAAGGUGUAUCCCUGAAAAUGAGAUGAGAGACAUAUUGUGGCACUGUCAUGGUUCACCUUAUGAUGGACAUUUUGGACCAGAAAGAACAGCAGCUAAAGUGCUUCAAAGUGGAUUCUAUUGGCCAACUAUAUUCAAAGAUGCCAGGGAGUUUGUACACCAAUGCAAUGAAUGUCAAAGAGCUGGAGGGUUGACAAAGAGGAAUGAAAUGCCUCAAAACAUCAUUUUGGAAGUAGAACUGUUUGAUCUUUGGGGUAUAGAUUUCAUGGGACCUUUUCCCCCAUCAUACUCUUUCAAGUACAUACUGGUAGCAGUGGAAUAUGUCUCUAAGUGGGUAGAAGCCAUAGCAACAACUACCUAUGAUGCACCAAUUGUUCUUUGGUGCACGAAAUUGUGA